AUGUUUCAGCAUAUAGCGAGACCCUCCUUCCGACUAUCUUGUCGAACGUUCGUCAGGACCUAUAUAAAGUUAUCGGGAAUCGACCCAUCUUUGAUUCUGCCGAGCGAUUUGGACCAUGGCAUUAAACCUUUCGAACCAAGUGAUAAAGUCGGCCCUAUACCCACUAACUUUGUAACUGCUCUGAGUUAUUUCGAUCAUUUUGAGCGACUUUACAGUGAAGAAAAAUUGGAAAGUAACCAUAGACUGGUUUCCUCAAUGCCGUUAAUCAAGAAACUAGAACUCGAUCCUUGGUACAAACUGUUUCUAGAACCACGCAUGCAAAAGAUACGCCGGUUUGUAUCGCUGAAUUUCACUCUACUGAAUAGAGAAUGUCUAGCCAUCAUGUGUGGACAUUCUCCGGUAGAUGUACAAUUAGACACUCAUAAUCCACAAGCAUUAAAUCAAGAACAAGCGGCAGGAAUCAAUUCCAAAUCAAACACAACCUCCACAACUUACUCGUCCGAAAAAUUACAUGCACUAGGCAUCGCCGUCAUGGAAAGUUAUUUGACUUUGACCACCCUAUUCACUGAUGAGUCUUAUCUUUCUCUUCUGUCAGAUGACUUACAACCUAUAUACGACCUAUUCUGUGACAGACAGAUCAUUCCAGAGUUCAUGAGCCGUCAUAGUCUUUAUGACUGUGUGGUUCCGUACAGAGGAGCCGCGAGAAGCGGCAGGAUAGAUACACUAGAGGGGUAUCAGGCAGAAAAAACCAAGAUUAUGAAUGCAACUUCAGCUGCGAGUUUCUACACCCUAAUUGGUCUCCUCUGCGUCAAAUAUGACCAGCGACAGGUUGCCCAGUCGUUCAUACUACCCAUCGUCCUCUAUGGUCCUCGAGGCCUCAUCCAGCUUGCUACUGAAAAAGUUACAAAAUAG